AUGACCGGAACUGAUAAAAGAAAACUCCUUGUUAUUGGAAAGUCGAAAAACCCUCGGUGUUUUAAAGGAGUUUCAUCACUUCCAGUAUUUUAUGAAAAUAAUACCAAAGCUUGGAUGACCUCAGCAAUUUUUGAAAAAACUCUUAAUUAUUGGGAUGAUGAGUUACGCCGUAAGAAAAAAAAAAUUCUUCUGUUGGUGGACAACUGUCCAGCACACCCAUCAUUGCAUUUGAAAUUUAUUAAACUUAUAUUUUUGCCCGCCAACACCACUGCUGUACUUCAACCAAUGGACCAGGGCGUUAUUAGGAACAUUAAAGCUCAUUACCGGAAUCAGUUAGUACUGAAAAUGAUUGAGGAUAUUGAGAAUCAUGUAGAAUCAAAAACAACUGUUUUGAAUACCAUAAUAAUGUUGGAUAAAGCUUGGUGUAAUGUAACAUCGACGGGGAUUACUAACUGCUUUCGGUAUGCAGGUUUUUGUAAUGUUUCGAUCGAUACAACACAGCUACAAGCAGACAGUGUAUUGAUUAAUGACAUCGAUGAGAACUACGUAAAAAUUGAUGACGACCUCAUAACGUCAGAAAUUCAAACGGAUGAAGAUAUAGUCAACAAUGUCAUAGCCAACCAACGAGUUGAGCCAGAUAAUGAUACUGAUAUCGAUGAGCUUAAUGAUGAGUUUGAAACUGUGCCGUCAAUAUCCGAAGCUCGUGCUGCAUUGAGGACACUAGAAAGAUUUUAUUACACAAAAUAUGAAGGUACAGAUGCUGAAAGAAAAGCGUUGUAUUUAUUAGAAACAUCGAUCAACAUUAAAUACACGCAGCAAA